UCAUAUCUCCGGAACCGGUAGGAAAAUAGUCGUUUCGUGUUCUGUGAAUUUUUGUGACUAACCUAUAUUUUUUUGGCUAAAAAUGAAUGUCCUUAUAUUCUUAAUAUGAAAGCGAGGCGAAGUUUGAAUGAGGCUUUAGGAUUUUCACCAGUUAAAUUGCCGGAUUGCCCAAACAAUUCUCCUUCCAGAAAUUUGACGGGUACCCCUAGAGUGACUCGCGAUAUCGCAGCCGAUCUAUAUAACAAUAUUCAAAAAUGGAACGCGUGGCAUAUCAAAGGAUGCAGGAUCGUCAAACAAAUCGCGUCAAUAAAAGCUAAUUCUGGCGCGACCUACAGUUCCCAUCUCGAAGAGGCUGUGAACGAGUUGUAUUCCAUUGUUCAGAAUAUUAGGGUGCACUGGGAGAAUUUGGAACUAUUGGUAAAUCAGACAAAGGCGUUGUACCAACUUCAUGGUAAUGACAAACCCGUGUUUUUGUCAUUAAGUGCUGCCUCCAUUGCCAAUCUCAUAUCGGACAUAUCCACUGCUUAUAAAAAAGAAUUUACAAUGAAAGAAUUCAUUCUGGAAAAUAUCGCCCAUGAAAAGAACAAAGAUAAUGCAAUGUUUUUAGCUGCUUGUUGGACACAUCAAGUAAAUAUUAACGACGAUAUAACUUUUAAGUUAGAAGCGCUACUUGUUGAAACGAAUCACCGACCUAUAAUUUGAUAUAAAAAAAAAUUAAGGCAAAAUAAAUAAAAGUAUAUUUAAAUAACCCAUAAUAUAGACAAAGUUUUUAAAAGGAAAUAAAUUAUCCAUUAUUGAAAGUGUUCUUCUUGUGAUUG